AGAAACUUUAUUUCCUGCUUCCUGGUCUAAACUUUAGUCAUGAUGAUUGCGUCAACUCGGUUCUGUCUUUAAACAUUUCGCACAUUUUUCGCAAAUAAAUCAACGCAUAAUGUUAGCAAACACCUGCUCGUCUUUAUAAACGACUGGAACAAGCUAAUAUUGCCCCACCUUUAGUUAAGAGCCUAAAUGUGUCAUCUGCACACAGGUUUUAUAAAAACUGAAGAAUGACAGACGCGAAUCGACCUCAGCGUAAGCUGUCCAGAGCAGGAGUCAGUCUGUACAGUACAUUAGGUCUGGAGAAAGGUGCUACGUCUGAAGAUAUUAAGAAAGCGUACAGGAAACUGGCAUUGAAAUAUCACCCAGAUAAAAACCCAGACAACCCAGAAGCGUCUGAAAAGUUCAAAGAGAUCAACAAUGCCAACACCAUUCUCACCGACGACACCAAACGACAGAUCUACGACGAGUACGGCUCUAUGGGCCUCUACGUCGCAGACCAGUUUGGAGAAGAUACUGUCAAAUACUAUUUCCUAACAUCCAAAUGCUGGUUUAAGACUCUGCUUGUGUUUGUGAUGUUGUUCUCGUGCUGUUGCUGUUGUUUCUGCUGUUUCUUCUGCUGCGGAAAGUGUGGAGGUUCAGAAAAUGAAGAUAAUUUUGAGUAUAUGGAUCCAGAAGAGCUCGCGGCCGAGAUGUCGGCGGAGCAGAACAAAGGCAAUGACACGGUUAUCACAGGACAACCAAUUCCCUGUCCAGCCCCUGGAAAUUCAGAUCAUACUGUGAUUGUUGGAAUGCCCAUUCCUGCCCAAUGCACUGAACACCAAGAUGGACACUAUAAGAUACACAUGACACAAUAAUAAUCCAGUACGAUGUGUAUUAAAGUCCUGCUGAAGCUUUUGGUUGCUGAAUUGUGGUUUAAUCUCAGUGGUUUGUAUUACACGCAACGUCUGUGCAAUACUCAUUUUGUCUCGAUUUUUGUUUACAUCAUUUUUACAUUGUUAUUUGCUUGAAUGUUCCAAUAUAUUUUUAUUGCAAAGACACUUUAUUUUCUGAUGCAUCAAAGUGACCUGAAGAUUGACGGUCAUAAUGGAUCACAGGUUUGUUCUGAUGGAGUUGCAGACAGCAGGACUAAAUGCAAACAAUGCAAUGCAACUAACCAUAUAACUGUGGAUAUAAGAUGACAAAACCACCAGUGCAAAUACAUCUUUGACAUACAUGGUAAUAUGGUUAAUAAAACAAUAUUUGACUCAGUAUUUGUUUGAUGUGUUGGCUGCUAUUGUAAAUCACACUUCAGUAACACUUUACAGUAAGCUUUUGUUUUUAACAUCAGGUGGCGGUUGAAUGCUUUAUUCUGAUUGGUUAAGAAAUGUUUCAUGGAUAUGUAUUAUUUUUUGAUAAACGCACACCUGACCUGUCAAAUGUCUUAAAAUAACCACAAGAACCAUGUCUGUGGUAACCGUUUUAUAAGCGGAGUAAUUGACUCCAGUCCGGCGGUUCAAUGUGCCGUGUCACCACCAUGGUUGUGCAUUAUUUUCGAAAAUUCAAGGGCCCAUUGUCAAUUAUUCAUUACUUAACUAACCUUAGUUAUACUGUAAUAUAUAUAUCAUUUCAGUCAAUGUUAAUUUCAACAUUUACUGAUACAGUUUUGAAAUCAAAAGUUGUAUCUGGUACCAUUCACGUACAAAGAGUAGGAAUGCACUGAUACAAAAUUUCUGUGCCAUCUAAAUGUAAUCUCACAUACAAUGAAACACAGAUUUUCAUGACGGAUGUGUAAUUUCUAUUAAAUGUUUGUUGUUGCUGAAGCUGUGUCGAUGCGAUCUGAUACACAAAACAUUCAAGUCUUUGCUAUCUGUAUGUACAUGCAUCUUUUAUCAUUUGAGUCAUUUGAAAUGAAAAGUACCAUUUUGAAUGACGUAUUCUCUGUCUGUUAAACAAGCGCUUUGUCAACUUUACCGAACUUUGAGUCGAGCACUGAACUGACCAUGACGGAUAAAUAAAAACAAAAUGAAUAUAUGA